AUGGGUCAUUACAACCUUGCACUUCCUCUUAUUGGGAAAAUGCGUUUUCUAGGCAUUCAGGUCGAUAUCUACACCUUCAACAUUGCUAUUAACUGUUAUUGCCGCCUGAAUCAAGUCAAUUUUGGGUUCUCUCUUUUGGGUACCCUCUUCAAACGCGGUUAUACACCUGAUGUAACUAACACUUUGUUAAAUGGACUUAUUUUGGAUGAUAAAACCCCUGAAGCUGUAGAGUUAUUUAAGAAAUUAAUGAGAAUGAGUGAAAUUGAACUCGACGUGGUUAUGUAUGGAACCAUUGUUAAUGGGCUCGGCAGAACGGGGAACAUUAUCAGGGCUGUUAGUUUGCUUAGGAUAAUGGAAGAGGGAAGUUGUAAACCUGACACCGUAGUGUAUAACACAAUCAUUGAUAGUCUUUGCAAUGAUAGAAUGGUGGAAGAUGCUAUGAAACUCUUUUCUAAGAUGAAUGAACAUGGCAUUCGUAGAGAUGUUGUCACUUAUACCUCUUUGAUUCAUGGCCUAUGUAAUUUUGCCCGGUGGAAGAAGGCUACCGGAAUGUUUAGAGAAAUGUUGGAUAGUGGUAUUGCUCCGAAUGUUCAUACGUAUAGUGUGUUGCUGGAUGCAUGUACCAAGGAAGGGAAGAUGAAAGAGGCAGAGGAGGUACUUGAAGUCAUGAUACAAAGAGGUGUGGAUCCUAAUGUAGUCACAUACAGUACUCUAAUGGAUGGAUAUUGUUUGCAAGGCCACAUGAAUGAAGCAAUUAGGGUGUUCAAUGUCGUGGUGAAGAGGGGCCUUCACCCUAAUGUAUUUAGCUAUACCAUUCUAAUCAAUGGAUAUUGCAAGAAGAUGAAAAUUGAUGAGGCCAUGCUUCUCUUUCGAGAAUUGCCUCGAAGGGGGUUGAAACCUAGCACCGAAACCUUUAAUGCUAUGCUACAGGGCUUGUUUCGAUCAAGUAGAUGUGGAGCUGCUCAAGAACUUUUUAAUGAGAUGGAAGCUGCAGGAAUAAUUCCAAAUUCUCAAACUUAUGGUAUCUUAUUGGACGGGUUGUGCAAAAAUGGGCAUAUUUCUGAAGCAUUGUCAUUAUUCCACAUGAUGGAAAGCAAUGGUUUACUUCUUCAUAUUGUUAAGUAUAAUAUCCUCAUUGAUGCAUUCUUCAAUUAUAAAAAGUUUGACACUGCAAGGGCCCAAUGGGCAGAUGAUGUCACUUACAACACUAUUAUUCGAGGAUUUAUUGGACAACACAAGUGCUACGAGGCAUUAAUACUUGUUGAGGAAAUGGUUCAAAGGGGUUUCUCAGCAGAUGCAUCCACUUUUCCCUUGAUUGUGGACAUACUCUCAACUAAAGGACAAGAUCCCGCUCUCUGA